AUGGUGGAAAGGAGUCUGAAAGAGCGCAUUACUUCUUUCCCUAGAAUCACCGCCAAUGACAACAAACGUCUAUUCGACCUAGCUGAUCUAGUUAGUGAGAUAGCAUCUGUGAAGGAACAACCACAAUACCAUGUUCUCUUUGGUUAUUUUGAUUCUUCUACCGGGAUAAACCCGAUUGCAUCAAAGUUACCUUGGAACCUACAGGAGAAGUGGGUGACAGAAGCUAGUAGAUUCAAACGGCAACAGGGAAGCACCUUUCCACCCUUCUCGAUAUUCGUCAAGUUUAUACAAGACACGGCCAAGACUCGGAAUGACCCAAGUUUCCAGUUCGACCGCACAGAAAGGACGAGUUCAAGUUCGAGUGUGCCAAAGAAAACAUCAACUGUGGUUGUCAAGAAGACUGAGACUACAAGUAACACUACCAAUCUAGACGAUUCACAAUUGUGUCCAUUACACAAAACAAAGCAUUUACUCAACGAAUGCUCAGCUUUCCGCAGGAAGCCCCUUGAAGAGCGCAAAAAGUUCAUACUUUCCAAUGGCAUAUGUUUUAAGUGCUGUGGACCUAAGAAGCACAGAGCUAUGAACUGUAAGACAAAUGUGAAAUGUGACGUCUGUAAAAAAUCUUCACAUCCAAGUGCACUUCAUGCGGAUGUGGAUUGCCACGUAGGGGAGCCCUCACCAGAAGGAACAGUGAAGAAUGCUUGCACUAAAGUUUGUGGAAAACCAAGGGGUACUAGCAGGUCCUGUGCUAAGAUUAUACCAGUUAGAGUAUAUCUAAAGGAUGAUCCACAGAAGUGUCGAGUUGUGUAUGCUCUCAUUGAUGACCAGAGCAGCCAUUCAUUAGCAACAUUGCCAUUCUUUGACUUCUUUUCACCAGGAAGUUCUAAAUAUCAGUACAUACUGUCUUCAUGUGCAGGAAGACUUACUACUUCAGGAAGGAGGGGUCAUGGUUAUGUGAUCGAGUCGUUGGAUUUGACAUGCAAGUUAGAGCUACCAGUCGUCAUUGAGUGCAACGACAUACCCAAUAACAGAGAUGAAAUUCCGUUCCCUGCCGUUGCACAGCAGUACCCUCACCUUCAAGAAAUUGCUUCAUUCAUACCUACUGUGAUGGAUGAUGUUGAGAUUGAACUUCUUAUAGGAAGAGAUGUUGUCUCAGCACACCAUGUUCUGGACCAGAAACUCGGUGAGAGUGACCUUCCAAUAGCCCAAAGGCUCCCUCUUGGUUGGGUCAUUAUUGGACAAGUUUGUAUGGGAAAUUUGCACCACACAAAUGUUAUAAACGUGAAUAAGACAUUCAUACUACAAAAUGGUAGACCAUCUAUAUUCGAACCAUGUGAUAGUAAGUUCCAUAUUGCUGACAACCCAUUUGUGAAAACAGAACAUGACGAAAAAACUGGACUCUCCUUUGAGGAUAAAGCCUUUCUUCAUGUGAUGGAAUCUGGCAUGAAGAAAGAGGAGGAUGGGCAUUGGUCAGCACCACUUCCCUUUCGACAGGAUCGACCAGUUCUACCUAGCAACAGAGCACAAGCUGCGAAGCGUGCUAAGUCGUUUGAUUCCAGUCUCCAACGUGACCCAUUAAAACGUCAGCACGUACUGGAAUUUAUGGAUAAAAUCUUCAUACAUGGACAUGCUGAGAAGGCACCGACCAUUCCCCAAGGACAAGAGUGUUGGUACCUCCCCAUGUUCGGGGUGUACCACCCUAAAAAACCCAACUCCAUAAGAGUAGUAUUUGAUUCCUCAGCUCGUCACGAAGGGUUAUCACUGAAUGAUGUAUUAAUGAAGGGACCAGAUCUCUCAAACAGUUUACAAGGCAUUCUGCUUCGUUUCCGUCAGAAUGCUGUUGCCAUUACAGCAGACGUGGAACAAAUGUUUCAUAAUUUCCAAGUUGAUGAGCCAGACCGCAACUACUUACGCUUCUUAUGGCACCAGGGGAACGACUUUGAAAAGCCCUUAGAUGAGUUCCGGAUGAGAGUGCAUGUUUUUGGGAACUCCCCUUCCCCUGCAGUGGCCACAUAUGGUUUACGUCGAUCUGUUGUUGAUGCUGAACCAGAUGUCAAGAACUUUGUAUUUCAUGAUUUCUAUGUAGAUGAUGGGCUCACUAGCUGUGACACUGAGGAGAAGGCUGUAAGUCUGAUGAAGCAGACCCAGAAAGCACUUAGGGAAGGAGGAAUGUUGCGUCUCCAUAAGAUAGCAUCUAAUUCCAAGUCGGUUCUCAGCCAAUUUGACCAAGAUGACCUUGCUAAGGACUUAAAGAGCAUGGAUUUUGGUUCGGAGAUUAUGCCAGUGCAGAGGACUCUUGGUGUGGUUUGGAAUAUCGAAUCUGACAAGAUCACCUUUCAAGUUUCAAAAGAAACAAAGCCCUAUACUCGUAGAGGAGUACUGUCAACAAUAAACAGUUUAUUCGAUCCUCUGGGUUUUGUCUCACCUGUCACACUCAGAGGUAAAAUGCUUCUUCGUGAGAUGAUGUCGCCUCCAGGUCCCACCAACUGGGAUGAACCACUUCCAGAAUCCUUUCGUGAGCAAUGGGAAAACUGGGUGAAAUCGCUUCGUCAGUUAGAAGAGGUUGAGGUCCCAAGGAUGUAUGGAAGACUUUCAUUAUCCCAGGUUCCUAGUACUGAAGUCCACAUAUUCUGUGAUGCCUCUAAGGAUGCUAUCGCUGCUGUGGUGUACAUCAAGACUAUAGGAGAAGAUUCAUCUGAUGUAGGAUUCUUGCUUGGAAAAGCAAAGGUAGCACCCAGUCAUGGCCAUACUAUACCACGUUUAGAGUUGUGUGCUGCUGUGGUUGCUGUUGAGUUGGCUGAAGUGGCCAAAGAACAACUGGAUCUCAAGAAAGAAGAUUUCCAUUUCUACUCUGAUAGUCGUGUGGUGCUUGGAUACAUAUCAGCAGAAACUAGAAGAUUUCAUGUUUAUGUAGCUAACAGAGUCAGUCGCAUCAGAUCAUUCUGUGGACCAGAACAGUGGAAUCACGUACCCACAGAGGACAAUCCUGCAGAUGGCGCCACUCGCAAGUUUAGAACUUCAGAUCUCUCAGACAGCAUGUGGUUAAGAGGACCAGACUUUUUACGAAGUGUCAAGGUUGAUGAUGUGAAUGAACACUUUCCUCUUAUUGAUGCUGAGAUUGAUAAAGAGAUAAAGAAAGAAGUAUCAACUGCUAAGACAGUGCUUGAGCCAGUAUUAGGUUCGAAACGCUUUUCACGUUUCUCAACAUGGAAAAGUUUAGUGAGAGCCAUAAUGACUUUGAAGAUGCUUGCCAGGAAAACAUGUGCCUCUCAGGUCAUUGAUGACACCAAUUUGCUUGAGUCUACAGAAAAACUCAUCAUCAAAGAAGCGCAGUUAGAAACUUACGGUGCAGAAAUCAAGGCCAUUAGAAAUGGCAGUGAUCCCCCAAAGAACAGUCCCCUCUUACCCUUGAAUCCUAUCUUGGGUGUUGAUGGUCUCCUUCAUGUCGGUGGACGUAUCCGUCGUAAACAAGUCAAGCCGGGUGGUGAUCAGCAUACAGCCCAUCCCAUUAUAAUUCCAAAGAACCAUCAUGUUGCUGUUCUGAUAAUACGUCAUUAUCACUCCAAGAUACACCACCAGGGCAGGCAAAUGACAGAAGGGGUUAUACGAUCUUUUGGUUAUUGGAUUGUCAACGGAAAGCGCAUGAUUUCAUCUGAGAUCCACCACUGCAUUACUUGUAGAAAACUUCGUGGGAAGUUUGGAUGGGUUCAGAUGGCAGACUUACCAGAGGAUCGACUGCAAGAAGCUCCGCCAUUCACAUUUGUUGGUUUAGACGUUUUUGGACCCUGGUCAGUUGUAACAAGGAGAACACGGGGCGGUUCAGCUAAUUCAAAGAGAUGGGGUGUGUUAUUUACCUGUUUAGUGUCUCGUGGAGUUCAUGUGGAACUUGUAGAGGAGAUCAGUUCGGCCUCAUUCAUUAAUUGCAUGCGUAGAUUCAUAGCGUUACGAGAUCCCGUCCAGCAGAUUCGGUCUGAUCGAGGGACAAAUUUUAUAGGGGCUGUUAAAGAACUCAACAUUGAUGCAGAGUUUGUCGAAACUGGACCAGUAAAGGAUUACCUGACUGAAAGUAAAAUAGCAUGGGUGUUUAAUCCUCCCCAUGCAUCCCACUUCGGGGGUGUAUGGGAGAGGAUGAUUGGGUCACUUCGAUGCAUUUUGGAUGCUCUUCUCCUAGAGAACAAAUCCUUUGACUUGACACAUGAAGUUUUGUCAACCUUCAUGGCGGAAGCCUGUGCCAUUGUGAACAGUAGACCACUUGUUCCAGUCUCCUCAGAUCCUGAGGCACCAGCUGUCCUUUCACCAUCAUUGUUGCUGACACAGAAACGACCAGACAUCACAUUUCAAUUACCCAAGUUUGGGAACAAGGAUGCUCUGCGCAGCCAGUGGAAGUUAGUCCAACACUUAGCUGAUGAAUUCUGGUCAAGAUGGAAGGCAGAAUAUCUGAAUGCAUUACAGAAACGUGCAAAGUGGUUCAGUGAAGGUGAACAAUUUAAAGAAGGAGAUGUUGUUCUUGUUAAAGAUGAAGAAUCCCACAGAAGUCAGUGGCCAUUAGGAGUGGUGGAGGAAACAUAUCACAGCAAAGAUUCCAAGACUCGUAAGGUGAAGGUGACUGUGGUUCGCAAUGACUCCAAAGUGUCCUAUGUGCGCCCAGUGUGCCAGCUAGUAAGACUGGUUGAAGUGAUUUAG